AUGUACUCUGGAUAUAACCCACCACCUCGACCUCAUUAUCACUCCAACACGCCCGAAUCACAUUAUGGGCGUCCGGCCUAUCCUCAGGCUCAACCAGGUUUUCAGCAGCCUUAUGGUCCGCCACCAGGAGCAGACCCUCAAUUGUGGCAGUGGUUUUCUAACGUAGACACGGAUCGAUCUGGAUCCAUAACGGUCACGGAACUACAAAGUGCUCUUGUUAAUGGAAACUGGACGAGAUUUGAUCUUGAUACCGUCAAAAUGUUGAUGGCGAUAUUUGACACAGAUAGAAGCGGAACGAUAAAUUACAAUGAGUUUGCUGGGCUUUGGAAAUACAUUACAGACUGGCAAAAUGUCUUCCGUCACUUCGACCGCGACAGAUCUGGGUCGAUCGAAGGAAGGGAACUGGCCGAAGCGCUCCAGAGCUUUGGAUAUAACUUGUCGCCUCAGCUUCUUUCACUUGUUGAACACAAAUAUUCUUCAGAGCCUGUUUCUGGCUACGGCCCUCCGCCUGGCAUUACCUUUGACCGCUUUGUACGGGCGUGUGUAUCGGUGAAAUCAUUGACCGAGGCCUUCCAGAGAGUUGAUACCGACCGCGAUGGCUGGGUACAGAUAAGUUAUGACCAGUUCAUGAACAUUGUGCUUAGCGCCCCUUGA